UACAUUUUGGCGCCCAACGUGGGGCUCUGAAGGGGUUAACUGUAAUUCCGCACCGCAGCCUAGUGUGACAGGCGCUGCGAGUGCGGACCCAAGAGGCAAAAGGAGGAUUUUGUGGUUUUUACCUUCGCUGAUAAGUUGUUGGAACUGGGCCUACUCUUCCAAGAGGGAACAUUGUAGGUCAUCAUGCCGCUACUUCGUCCCCAAGAGGUGUACGCGUGGGCGGAAGCAGAGCAAGUUAACCCCCGCUGUGCCUUUGCAGUGGAUCGAGUUCCCACCGGCUGCAGCGUAAAGCUCAUGCAUCCUACCCUCAUUUACCAUGUGAGGUUAAAGGGCAUCCGACUCGUGAUGGAAAUGGAGUCGAGAGUCCUGGGGUACCGGGCGAGACUGUACUGUGGCCCCCGGGAGCUAGGGGACGAUGAAGGACCGUAUACUGUUUACCCGGUGGGAACUUAUCCCCUUGGCUGCCCUGUUGUAUAUGCUGGGUCUGCAACCUCCCUGCCACUUGCGCUGGAGGUAAAGACGGAACCUCUCGAUUCCGCCACAGUGGUUAGUGGACUGGAUUCCCCGGGAAAAGUAGAGGCCCUUAGCUCAAGUGCAGGGACGAUGCUGCCUACUCUUGUCAUUGCUGGGACAAAAUACCCGAAGCUGAAGGUUUUUUCGGGAACUCUCCCUGUCCCUGAAGGAGAGCAGGGUUUUGAAGAGUGGCAGGAGGCUGCAGUGCAGAUGAUAGAAGAAUGUCCAUGCCCUGAGGGGGAUAAACGGAUCCGGUUAACCGAAAAUCUGCGCCCUCCUGCCAGUCAGGUGGUUAAGUUAUUUUGCAAGGCUCACUUAAAAGCUUCUGUUAGAGAUUGUCUGAAAGCACUCGAGGAAGUAUAUGGGGCUUGUGACAAUCCGCAUAAUUUGCUCCAUAUGUUCAGAAGCUUGUAUCAAGAGGAGGGAGAGCUUGUGUCCACCUUUGUGCGUAGGUUACAAAGCAAGCUAUGGACAUUAGUUCACAAGGAAGUUAUCCCUGUUGCUGAGGUUGAUGAGAUGCGACGCACCCAACUUCUACAGGGACUGCAGGCAAGCCAUCCCAUAGCCAUGGAGCUGCGUAUUAUGUAUCGGCAGGGUACCCCGCCCGAAAUGGGUGCCAUCAUGGGUGUAGUAAAAGAAAGGGAAGCUGAACUUGAGAGAGUGUCCGCUCACAGUAAGAAGGUGACAACUGGGAGUCUUCCCUCUGCUCAGAAGGAUCUAAAGGGAGCCCUUAGGAAGACCCCAGAUUCGUCCCUCCGGCCUAGGAUGGCUUCACUAGCCAAGACUUUUAGUGCUACUGCCCAGCUAGACUGCUUUCGAUGUGGACAUCAGGGCCAUAGAGUGUACCAGUGUUACCCGUCAGUUGGCUCGGGUGAAUUCCACAGUAAAGGGGGUCAGUUACCUUCGAAGCGAAAGGGCACGCAGAAGGGUUGGAAACCUCUGAACCUCCCUGGGGUGGGACGACGGUGUACUUUCAGCCUGCUUGUGAAUGGUGUCCCGACCACCGCACUAUUUGAUACGGGUUCCCAAUUGACCAUUAUACAUCGUCCGUUUUACCUUCAACACCUCAGUCACCUUCCCUUGCAAACAGUGGGUCCUGUACCGGUGUUUGGUGUGGGGACGGGCCCUACAUACAUGGAUGGCUGUGUGGAAGUACAACUGCACAUCCCCGGACUUGUAGGAGACAACGAUCCCCCCAUCACUGUGGUUGCUUAUGUGAGUCCCCCACCAGGAGGUAAGGAAGCGGCUCCAGUCAUUGUUGGCUCCAAUGUGAAAGCUGUUGAGGAGGCGUUUCUACGAUUCCUUCAACCCCGGGAGGGAACCCCAUUAACCGUGUUGCCCGUAUCUCCAGAGUUGCAAGCAAUUUGCCAAACUUUCGCUCCCGAGUCACCUGGGGGUUGUAUAGGAAACCCUUGGUAUCCGGUGGAAAUUCCACCAGGGGGAGUACGGAACCUACGAGUGUAUGUGGAAAUUGUGUCUACUACCCCUGGCAGUUACUUUUUGUUGGAGACUGACCCGCACGAAGCUGUCCGAAAUGGUUGGGAGAUAGUUCCUGAGAGGAAAGAUUACCGGCGUAAAUGUCCUCGUACCGAUGUGGUCACAGUUAAAAACAUUACCUCUUAUACUGUUACCAUCCCUGCCUGGUAUACGGUUGGACAUUGCUACCCGGUGGAGAGUGUUAAUCCCUGCUCAGUUCCUGAGGGGAAAGAGGACAUUAAACUUAAUUUCAAGUUGGAGGAGGCUGAUGAUCCGAUGGAACACCGUCAUAUGCUUGAGCAGAAGUUAUUGCUGUACCGGGAUGUUUUCUCCGUAGAUGAGAUGGAUGUGGGUUGCGCUAAACGUGCUGAACAUAGUAUCAGAUUGAGUGAUGAUACCCCUUUCCGAGAGAGGUCCAGGCGCAUACCUCCUCGUGAUCUGGAAGAUGUUCGGAAGUAUUUGGACAAGAUGAAGGAUCAACGAAUAAUCGUUGAAUCACGCAGUCCAUAUGCCUCACCAAUUGUGAUCGUACGAAAGAAAAAUGGUAGUGUUCGCCUAUGUGUGGAUUACCGAACAUUAAAUAGACGCACUGUCCCAGAUCAGUAUACGCUACCCCGUAUUGAUGAAGCACUGGAUGCAUUACAUGGUAGUGCAUGGUUCUCUGUGAUGGACUUACGCUCGGGGUAUUAUCAAAUUCCCAUGAGUAGGGAUGACCAAGAGAAGACUGCUUUUAUCUGUCCUUUGGGGUUCUAUGAGUUCACCCGCAUGCCUCAAGGUAUAAGUGGGGCCCCUGCCACCUUUCAGCGUCUCAUGGAGAAGGUGUUGGGUGAUCUGACUCCCAGGCAUUGCAUAGUCUACUUGGAUGAUAUAAUUGUGUUUGGCUCUACUUUGGAAGAACACGAUACCAGGUUGUUUAAUGUUUUGGAUCGCUUGCGGCAGGAGGGUUUGAAGCUUUCUGUUGAUAAAUGCAAGUUCGCUCGUAAGGCGGUGAAGUUUGUGGGACAUAUUGUGUCUGCAGAAGGCAUUGCUACUGACCCCGAGAAAGUGGCAGCUGUCCGAGAUUGGCCGAGGCCAACCAAUUUGACUGAACUUAGAUCCUUCUUGGGAUUCUGUGGAUAUUAUCGGAGAUUUGUAGAGGGAUAUUCCAGACUUGCUCAUCCCUUGAAUGGCUUGCUGGCAGGGAGUGCUUCCAAGCAGACCCAUUCUGUCCAGCCCCCCCUUAAAGAUCGGUGGUCCACCGAUUGUGAGGAAGCUUUCUUAACUCUAAAGAAAAGACUCACGGAGGCUCCUGUCCUAGCUUAUGCUGAUCCUCAGAAACCGUAUGUUUUGCAUGUUGAUGCCAGUUAUGAAGGACUGGGCGGCAUUCUUCAUCAAGAAUACCCGGAGGGUCUGAAGCCUGUUGCCUAUGUUAGCCGAAGUCUUAAUCCAGCCGAAAAGAAUUACCCAGUGCACAAAUUGGAGUUUUUGGCGUUGAAAUGGGUAAUUACCGACAAACUGCAUGAUUAUCUCUAUGGGGUUAAGUUUGAGGUAAGGACAGACAAUAACCCAUUGACUUAUAUCUUAACCACUGCUAAGUUGGAUGCUGCUGGGCAUCGGUGGUUGGCCGCUUUAUCCAAUUAUCAGUUCUCUCUGAAGUACAAGCCUGGUCCUAAAAAUGUAGGUGCUGAUGCCUUAUCCAGACGUCCUGGUCUACCUCCUUGUCUGGAAGAGGAUGAAUGGGAGGAAUUACCUAGUUUGUCAGUAGCUGCUCACUGUGCUACUGCAGCUAUGAAGAAUGGUCAAGUGGCUUUUUCUGAAUUGCGGUUGGUGGAUUCCUUGGGAGGAAAAGAAGAUUGCAUUCCUUCUAUGUACGCAUAUCCUACGACGUUAGGAGUAUCCCAGAGUCUUCAACUAAGUAAUGGUGAUAUGAUUCGGGGACAAAAGAGAGACCCAGUGGUUCGGUAUGUCCGAGAGGCUGUCGCCAGAAAGGAUCCCGAGCUUAUGAGAAAGACUAUACCUAAAGAUAGUCGGAUAUUCUUGAAAGAAUGGGACAAGCUGAAGUUUAUUGAUGGGAGUCUCUAUCGGAUUCAGUUGUUUCAUGAUCACCCGGAGAGGAGGCAGUUGGUGUUACCUCAAGUUUAUCGG